AUGAAGUUCUUCGAGAAUAAAUUCACCUAUGACUAUUCCUUUCCCGCGGUAUCCCUCGCUUAUUUCCUUCGCUAUCCGAAUCCCUACUCCCGCCAUGUCCUCACAACCGACGUGAUCGAUCGUUGUUACCCAAGGGAAUGGGGGGGUUCCGACAACUCCGGUCAAAGCUAUAUCCUCGAAACCACCAUAGUCGACCCGACAGAGGGCUGGAUGGAGACCGAGUCGCGCAACAUGGAAUGGACUGGUAUCCUUAGUGUUGUAGAGAAACAACACUACCAGCGUAUCCUCACAGAGGAUAGCACCCAAGCCCUGGAUGGACUCUCGAUCGAUCAGAAGAGCGAACAAACCACCGUGCGUACCACCGUGACCUUUCGAUCUAGACUCGGCCAGGGCAAAUUCCUGAGCCGAAAGAAGGCUGGCUUUGACAACGCCGAUGCGGAAGAAGAGGAGCCCAAGAGAGGAUUUUUCUCCUCCUUGUCUACCGCCGGUAUUCAACGCACUAUUGAAUUGAUCGGUGUCAAGCGUACGCGAGAUGCCGUCUUGAAGAGCAAGCAGGGCAUGAAUGUCGUCCUCGAACGUCUGCGCAACGGUGGAAUCGUCGGUGUUCUGGAAGGAAUGCGAGAAGAUCGCGAGGCUGCAUUCGGAACUGAGGGUCCCUGGAAGCGUGUCUGGCUACAGGGUAAUGGCCAUGCCAUCGAGGACGACGACAAAUAG